AUGUUGGGACGACAUGCUACUACUCUAUUAUUUAGAAGUCCUUACUUUGCGAAGCCUUCUUUAAUUUUGAGGAAUAUUUCUGUCACUACUCCUAACAACGAUAUAAUCAAAAUUCAAAGCCCCGACGACUUUAAGGAUAAAGUCAUUAAUAGUAAAGUUCCAGUGGUUGUGGAUUUUUUCGCAACAUGGUGUAAUCCAUGCAGACUUCUCACACCAAGGCUAGAAUCAAUAAUCUCUGAAAACAAAGGAAAAGUGCUCUUGGCUAAAGUGGACAUUGAUGAGCAAACAGACCUAGCCCUCGAUUAUGAAGUCAGUUCAGUACCAGUCCUUGUAGCAAUCAAGAAUGGCAAAGUGCAACAGAGAUUAGUUGGUUUGCAAGAUACUGAUAAACUAAGAAAAUGGAUUGAACAAUUUACAUCAGAAGAUGCAGAGGUCAAGGUUAAAGCC